CAACGGUCGGCCGCCAGGCUCUAGACCUUCUUCUUUCAUUUCUCCCCGAACAAAAUGAAAGAUAUUGAAGAUCUCUUGGUUGGCGGUGGCGGUGGCGGUGGCGGUGCUCCUCCUCGUUUCAGAGAGAUGAGAGGUAGAGAGAGAGAGAGAGCUCUGGGACGGAGAUCACAAGGUAAACGAACAGCACAGCCAUAUGAGAGGUUUAGAUUCCAGAAUAGGAGACGAUUCCAACAAGAGGUGAGAGGUUAUGAUAAGAGAAUUUACAAUCAAGCAAUUCCCUUCUUCUUUACAAACUUUCCAGAGGAAUGGUCAUUUGAGCAGGUGGCUCACUUUCAACAGAAUAGGUCACGGAAGGGUGCUGGAGAUAGAUUGUCCGGCGAAGAGGGACAGGAUGGGUAGACGUUUCGGUUUUGUUCAAUUUCUGGAUGUGAGAAAUGAAGGUGAACUAGAAAGAAGAUUAAAUGAAGUAAGGGUAGGGAA